AAAUUAAAAAAAAUUCUAACCUAAACUUCGCGACUCGCGUCACGCUUGCUGUCUUAUUUUGUAAUCUAAUUAUUUCACAUUUCUAAUGUUGGUAAUUUUAUACGCAGAUGUCUGUGAAUGCUUUCAUGCUUUGUGAAUUUGUGUACAAUUUAACUCUACGAUUUGUGUAUUACAUUUCGACAGAUUUAACUCAAUUAACUGAGUACAAUAUAUUUAAGUACUGAGUUUCUUUCUGCAAGUAAACAAAAAUGGGAAAACAACGGAAAACGAGCAAAUUUGCUGAAAAAAGAUUUGCUCAAAUGAAAAAAGUUAUUAAUCUAAGAGAUAACAGAAUAAAGGCAAGUGAGAGAAUUAAGCCAAAGAAGAAAAAAAUCGACCCACACGAAGUCAAGAUCCGUGAAGUAACACAAGCUAGUUCUGCUCUGUUUUUUCAAUACAAUACUCAACUGGGGCCUCCCUAUCAUAUUCUUAUUGAUACAAAUUUCAUAAAUUUCUCUAUAAAAAAUAAAUUAGACAUAGUACAGAACAUGAUGGAUUGUCUGUAUGCAAAAUGUAUACCAUAUGUGACAGACUGUGUUUUAGGUGAACUUGAAAAACUUGGAAGAAAGUAUCGUGUAGCAUUAAGGAUAAUAAAGGAUCCACGAUUUGAAAGAAUUGCAUGUAUGCAUAAAGGAACGUAUGCGGACGACUGUUUAGUGCAAAGAGUAACACAGCACAAAUGUUACAUUGUAGCUACAAAUGAUAAAGACUUAAAAAGAAGGCUAAGAAAGAUACCAGGAGUACCAAUAAUGUAUGUGGCACAGCACAAGUACACCAUCGAGAGAAUGCCAGAUGCAUAUGGAGCUCCAAAGGGAGCUGUUUAAAAUAAAACCAUUAAAUAAGUUC